AGCGCUGUUGGAGGAAGGAGGAUUCAGUGUCAGCACCCAUCUGUUCUGUCUGUCUUUUUAUUCAGUUCUCUUCAUUAGUGUUUUUUUACACUGAGUGCAAUUGACAACCCCAAGGGACUUUAGACUUUGGACUUUAUCGAUGGCCCCUCAUGGAGUGUCGGCAGGAAGCAGAAGAGGGGAGGUGACAGAGAGCAACAGAGAAAGGGAACACCAGAGAGAGAGAGAGCUCAUUCACUUCAACCACAGCUGACAAAAAAAAACACUACAAGUUCAUCGCAGGAUUUUGACAGAUAUGGCUUCAUUACAGGGUGGACAAAGAUCUUUCUCCCUUUCUGCCAGUGUGAUAAUGGCCUCCACUACUUUUAUAAAAGGCACAGGCUGCACAGGCAACCUGCGCCUCCUCCUGUUAGGACUACUUCUGCCAUUAGUCUUAGUCUCCGGCGAAACUACUACUGGCUCCACAUCAACCAACAGCACUGCAGCCCCAACAGACACCACCUCUGGAGCCACAGCAACCACCAGUUCUACCCAGCCCCUCACCAACUCUGGAAGCACCACCAUGCAGCCUUCCAUCUCUACCACCAUUGGACCCACAACAAACUCAACCACUGUUGGGUCCUCCACCACCUUUGGAGGAAAACCCUCUGCCUCCUCUACAGUAGGUUUGACAGCCUUGAUGCAAUCCAGCACCGCCAUGACCACAGGUGGGACCACAUCAUCUUCCUCCAUGACUUCAAACUCUGGUUCCAUGACCUCAUCAGUGUCCACCAGUCUGUCAUCAAACUCCACUGAUAGGAUGAAUGGAACCAUUAUGAUACAAUGCCCCUCAUUCAUCUGUAACUACUCAGACUGCUACACAAUGUACACCAGUCAGAAUGCCACUCAUUGUGCUGCUGGCUUUUGUCAGCUGAUUAGACACAUGGACAUGUGCUACAAUGUUAGCUGCAGCGCCUCCUGCGCUGAUAAAUGUGUCAAAGCCUCUCAGACCAACUGCUCUAUAAGUUGCUGCAAUUCGACUGGCUGCCUCAAUAGCAGUUUUGCUUCCAUGAUUAUGAUGACAACCACAGUAAUCGCAACCACGACAACAACACCUACCCCAGUCACUACAACGACUGCCACCAGUCCGCAAACAACAGCAAACAAAGGAAAUAAAUGCAAUACAGGUGUAUGUACUGGUACAGAUUGCUACACAAAAUUCCAAGAAGUCCAAAUAUGCUCCACCUCACAGCCCCACUGUCAGCUGAAAAAGGAGACCAAAGAUUCCAGUUUCCAGUGGACGGCAGGUUGCACCAACUGUUCUGGCGAAACCCCAUGCAAGACCUCCACAGUACCUCCAUGUCUUCUGGAGUGCUGCAACGCCACCCCUUCAGCCUCCUGCCUUAUGUUGAAUGGCACGCUGAAUGUCCCCAAUUUCGCCACAAGAGGUCCUCAUCUUCACAAAGAAUUGAUUGCUUCCUUAAUUUGCCUGCUCGCCAUCACUUUGCUGCUGUGAGUGACUGAGUAGGAGCGUGCUCAGCUGCUGUGUAGGUCAUUAGGUAAUCAGCUUUGUGUAACUCUCAGUCCCUCCAUUACAAUAAGCUUAGCAGUACAUAGGAUAACACUACUUCAUUGACACCCAUUUAUCUCACUGAUAUUCAUUUGCGAUUGUAAUGUAUAUAUGUAUGGAAUUAUUAUUAAGUCUAAGUUACAACGUUGACUUUGUUUCUUGUUUUAUUAACAUUUCCCAAUCAUGUUUUAUCUCUGGUUCAAGACCAAUGAAAAAUGUCUUUGAACAGUAUUUCUAAAUGAAAAACUAUGUCAACUUAAGGAAUCAAGAAAAACAGGCCAGAAGCAACUCAGUCUUCACAUCACUUCACAUUUCAGGUGUGAACCACCUUUAUAUUUCACAAAAUUAUAUAUUUAAAGAAACUUUGUUUUAAGCUUUAAGAAUUCAUUUUAAACAUCUUGUAAUUAGUUUGAGCCAUAACCUUGCCCAUAACUGUAAUUGAAUGUAGGUGCUGUCUUCUUAAAGAAAGACAGCAACAGUUUGUAGUUUAAUUUUGGCAUGAGUGAGUGAGCCUAAACACAACAUUUUAUGUUAAACAUGGUUAUGAAUGUUUAAUUACCAAAACCUCUCCCUAUCAUCUUGAGCCAUUGUGAGAGUGAUGCCGCUAUGACUUUACAUGCACUUUAUGAAACACAAAUGUUGAGCUGUUACAGAGUGUUGUGAAGGUUUGCUGAAUCAUUGUUGUAGAUGUUAUCAUAAUGAAAUGUGCAAUUUAGUACUUUUGGCUACUUUUUGUCUAAUAUCUUUGUGAAUUGUGAAUUGGAUGUCUAUAUUGUGUGGUUUACAAAGUAUAUUUUAAGGUAUAUGGUGUCAUGUAAAUGUUAAAUGAAAUCAGAAUUUAACAACAAAUAAUUUAUUCUAGUUUUGUGUACUGUAUAAAAUUUUGAUUGUGCCUGAAAAUGAAAUUAAUC